CUACUAUCUCUUGGCGAAAAAGAGGCCUCUGGAGUUCUGUAUGAGUCCAGUCGCAGCGCCUAGUCAAGAUGCUCAUGCUUUGACAGAGUUUUCUCAGGAGAUGGCUGUCCAGCAAGGUCCAGCUCACUCCUCUUCCAUUGAACCCUCCCUCUCUCCCUACCUCGAGAACCACUCUGAAUCAUACCUACACUCACUACUAGUACCUACUCACAUCCUCUGCAAGUACGCCCUAGCCAUGGACAUUGUACGACCAGACUCCACCCAUUCUUGUUGCUUCACACGGGGUUACGGGAACUAUGCCGUUGGUACAGGCUCCGUCCUUCAGCACUGUCUCGCUGAAGACGACAUGCACAGCUGUUUCAAGAUUUUCAAAGAAAAGAGAGAGCAUGGAGACACAGAAUCUGCAGCCGAGGCUCUUCUGCCCCUCAAGUUGAGAUACUUUUCGCCGAGAGAGGUGGCCAACUUGAUGUGUUUCCCGCAGGAUUUCUCGAUCCCAGCCGACGUGACUCUGCGACAGAGUUACAAAGUUCUAGGGAACAGUCUGAAUGUACUUGUUGUAUCAAUACUGCUGAAGUACCUCUUAAGUGACAACAGAACGUUUUAAACCACUCUUUGUGCUUCUUUUUAACUUUCCAGCACUGGUGCUAAUCAUGCAUUUUGCUAUCCAUAUAUUUACAAGAA